CUUAAAUCCGACCUCAAGAACCAGGCGACGACCCUCGAUGCCUUGAGAGUACAGCGCUUUGCGACAUCCAUCGACUCCUGACCCUACGACCGCCCCGACUAUCUACGUUCCUUUCGCCGAGGUCUAAAAGAUAACAUGGCCAUGUCAUCUUCGCUGGAGGUGUUGAAGAACACGCUUGAGGAGAUUGUCAAGAACCCGCAAUACCAUGAUCUAUUAUCGCUGGUUAAGACGGCGCGCAAUGGUAUCAUUUACGGAACCAAAGUGCGGUUUCCCCACGCACUGGUGAUGGUCUUCCUCUUCCGCUCCGGAACAUUCCGCGAAAAGGUCAAGCUAGUCCUUCGAGCGACAAGACAUCAUGCGACAAACUUGGCGCGCUUCGCUACCAUUUAUAAGCUGACAAUGUUGGCGCUCAAAUACUUUGGCGCAGAGCCUGGAAAGGAGGGUACAUACGACUCCUUCGUAGGCGGUCUUGUUGGCGGUUACUUUGUCUUUGGCGGUCGAUCGAAGCGCACGGGAAAGAUCUCAUCAGUCAACCAGCAGAUCGUCAUCUACGUCUUUGCGCGCGUAGUGCUUGCCCUCGCACGCAUCGCCGUCAAGCCCGGAGCUGGCUUACCAGUCGUAUCAUCUGAGCCUCUCCACAGCACCAUCAACCAUUACGCCUGGCCAGCCUUCGCCUCUCUGUCGUGGGCCAUGGUCAUGCUGAUCUUCCGCUACCAUCCUGAGGAUCUGCAGUCGAGCUUGAGAGGCAGUAUGACAUAUAUCUAUAAGGACUGCAACGAAUUCGACUCGCUUCGAACUCUGCUAUGGGUGAACAAAUAGACAAGAGACGGGUAUAUAUAACUUGCAUGUAAACUGGUGGUUGAAUUGCGUUUGGCGUUGAGGCGUGGGAUGCUUUGGAUAUUAGCAUUCUUGGCUUUGGGUGUGGCAGUCGUCAUACAGUCUUUUUUUAUAAGUAGCAUGAGAAGACUUGAGGAUAUAUGGUAGCCAAUAUGAAGCAAACUUGUACUACUUUACGGGCAAGGGGUGUUUCUGGCAUGAUUAUAGGAUGGAUGGUGCAUCAUGGUGCCCAGGUUAGGUAAUACUGA